UUUCGCGGCGUUAGUGCGCGUGCUCAGGCGCGCCCUCUUCUUUCUCCCCAAAAACUCGUGGGACAGGCGGGACAGCCGGCGAGCUGGACUCAGCAGAACCAUGAUCUGCCUUUUCUUAAGCCUGUUCGCCUACAUGUUUAAAACAGGAUGGACGGGGGUAAAUGAGAGAACCUUCCUCGCAGUGAAGCCGGAUGGUGUUCAGAGGAAGCUAGUGGGAGAGAUAAUCCGCCGCUUUGAAAGAAAGGGCUUCAAACUGGUCGGCAUGAAACUCCUGCAGGCUUCUGAAGAACAGUUGAUGGAGCACUACUGGGACUUGAGGGAAAGGCCGUUCUACAAAGGUCUAGUCAAAUACAUGAGCUCUGGACCCAUUGUAGCUAUGGUUUGGCAAGGCCUUGAUGUGGUAAGAAUGUCCAGAAGGAUGCUUGGAGAGACAAAUCCUGCUGACUCCCUUCCAGGAACCAUCAGAGGGGAUUUCUGUGUAGAAGUGGGAAGGAACGUUAUUCAUGGCAGUGAUUCGGUGGAGAGCGCUCAGAGAGAAAUCUCCCUGUGGUUCAAAGACUACGAGCUGUUCUGCUGGGACGAGAGCACUGAUCACUGGAUCUACGCGUGAUACCCUUCACUUUCAUCAUUCACAAACACAUACAGAGCUUUGCGGCCUUACACCUUCUAGUGCAGCAGUAGAAAGUUAUUUUGUUGAAGUGGCAUGCCAGAAGAUCUAUGUGAAGUUUUAGGCUUUUCAAAGAUAAGAUAAACACUGAUUUAGUACUCAUGCUGAGAACUGUGGUACGUAACCACUGAGAUAUAUAAAAAAUGAUCACCGUCCUCUUAACACGUCCUCUCUCCAUGUACUUGAUAACAUGUUUACAUUUCUGUGCACACGUGCACACAUUUUUGAUAUUUUCAUUAAUGCACAUAAACGAGCAAUAUGUAUGUUGAUAUAUUUGUAUGCUGUUACUUUAUAUGUUGCUGUCAUGCAAAAACCUUGUAUAUCCUAAAUGGCAGCUUUACAGGAGAAAUUAUUUCAAGUAAUUUAGGCUCAUUUCACUUGGUCCAUUUCUCAUAAAUGAGCAUUCAUCAUUUGAUUCAAUUAAAGAAUAAAAAACUUAACAUUAUGGAAAUGCAAGGUUUUGGUGGAUACAUUUGAACAAAAUGUACAUAUUGCACUUAACAAGUAAUAAUAUCUCAACUCUUUUUCUCUCAAAUGGUGGUGCUUUUAGAUUUACACAUUGAAUGAGAUGCUGGAAGCAGGUCACCUCAACUAUUUUUCUAUUAUCCAUAUCCAUUUUCUUUUUUUAAACUUCAGGAAAGGUCAAUGUCUCUAUGCUGAGAUUUUAGCUUUAUGUGAUGUAAUGAUUACAUGUGUUGUAGAUAAGUAAGACUUCAGGGCAUGUUUAUAAAUUAGAAUAAUAAGAAAAGCAAUAAUAAUAAUUUGGGUUUUACUGAUUAUAACUGAUUUGAUAAAAAAAUGAAUGAUAGAUGUAGACUGGUUUGGUCUUGCUCUCUGUUUGCACUACGCUUUUACUCGCUGGCAUUCUUAUAUGGAACAUGAUAAUUUUAUUAAUCCAAAUUAAGGAUUUAUCAUAAGCUCUGUUGACCAAAAUGUGUCCUGUUAUGAAGUAAAAGGUUUUUAAAACAA